AUGCCUCUGACUGCUGAUCAAGUCCCGCCUCCAUCCGAGGACGCCACAUUGAAGGGUCCUGUCGUCCAAGUUGCAGACAAAGAAACCCUCCAGAAGCGUCUGGAGAGUUAUUACGCGGGCAUAGACCGAAUGGACCUAUUGGAAGCGUACAAUGAAGCCUAUCUAUCGGUUGCCGGAAAAUCUAUGAAGGCACGGCAGCUCUUGGUAGAAGUCUUCUCAGCACAAAGGGCACCAGAAAUGGAGCGCAAAAUACCGCGUCUGAAACGCGACGACGAGGAGACCUUCAAGCUCCUGUGCAAUUUCUUCGCCGACGAGAGUGAGGGAAGGCAGGCGAGGGAAGUUCUUCUCAGAAUCAUUAGGCACCAGGAAGACAUAUGGUACGGUGUAAGUAGAAAAGUGUUGCAAGCUAGGAUAGAUGAAGGGAAACCACUGCGGCUCCUCCAUUACAGCGAACUCCCGGAUGACCUGAAAGUGGAAGACUAG